GGGGAAUAAAUACAUCUAAUAUUAUGUAAUCAUUACAAAGAAUGCAAAUGAAGUUUAUAGACUUUUUUCCUAAGAUCACUUUAAUUUUAACGCAAUACUCCAACAGUUAAGCCCUUUAAAUCCCACCCACUAAUUAUUCCAUAUUACUUCUCUCGGACCACGAAAACCCCCUGAAAAAGUCACACUUGGAUCACUAUCUACAAAUAUCUGGUAUUCAUGCUCGGAUAAAAUUUAACUGCUUCGUCGCGUCAACAUGGUUUAGGGCCACAUCUCCAUACACACGGAGAAUACCUUACAAGGAAGAAAGCCACCAUUAUGUGUACCCGUUUUGUUAUAGCCUGUUACGUAAUGAUGAUAAACUUGGAAUUUUUACAUCCCCAGUCGCUGUUCCUCCCAGAAGAUUUCCGAUGUGAGGAGAGGAGAGAUAUGAAGAUUGCCGAAAAGUUAAUUUUUUUCGAAAACAAAAUUAAAGUGCUAGAGAACCAAAUCAGAAGGAUUAAUGCAAAGAAGGUGGAAGAUCCUGUCAGGUUGAUGGGUAGGGAGUUUUACAUGGUUUUCCCGCCUCUGUUUGCUGAUGAUGGACGUAGCUACUGUGUUUUGUACAUCGUGUCCACUAGCCCUGGUACCUGUACGGUGGCACUACCGCUGCUGACUAUACGAUACACCCUAGAACUUAAACAAGGUGAAAAUCAUCUCUUUCUGCCAUCUUCCUACAUGGCCCUUGAAAAUCAAGUGGAGAAAAAAGGAGUCCACAUUGAAUGCGAUGUUUUCGUUAAUGUUUAUGCUGUUAAACAUGAUAAGUUCACCACAACGGCGUUUUUAGUUUUACCUAUGCAUUCUAGAUUUCAUUAUAAAUACAGAUACAUCCCUUCUAUUCAACCAAAUCCUGUGUCUGUGGCAUAUUCUCAUCUUUACAAUAGUACAAUAUCUAUUGUGUCAAGUGGUGAUAACAAUGUAGUGAAAAUUCAGCUAAACUUGACAGAAGGUGAAUCAAUUCACAUCGACGAUCAAGAAUAUGCCUAUAAUGAAAGUAUUCAUCUUAUUCUGAACAAAUAUGAAUCAUUAGUAAUAUCACAAAGUGCAGAUUUAACCGGAAGUACGAUAUCUUCCAUAGACCCCAUAUUUGUUGCAACUGGAAACAAAUGUGCGCGACUUCAUGAUGAUAAUGCCUGUAGUGGAAUGAACUUCAUGAUUCCAUCGGAUAAUUCUGACCAGGAAGUAAAUUAUGAUUCUGAACACGUGUUUAUUACACCUCUCUUUCAUCCAUUCUUAAGAGGAUAUAAAAUCAGGAUAUUAUCCAGGAAAAAUGACUGUCGGAUACAAUAUAAUAUAGGGCAAGAAAAUAAAACCCAGACCCUCUUUGUUCAAAAUAAUUAUGUGGAUAUAGACGUGGAUUCAAAUGUUCCCGUUUACAUCCGGACGAGCCGAUUUGUGUCGGUGACUGUGAUCACGCCAGGAAAGAACAAUACGGACGGAAUAGGAACAGCCUUUAUGUUGUAUAUUCCGGAAGAGGGCGCCCUUCUGUCAGAGUACCACUUCACUGUACCUGAUCUCAAUACAACAAGUUAUAUAACUGUUAUAAGUAGAAACGUAUCAAAUAUAAGACUGGACGAAAAUAUUAUAGAUGUUAAUCGAACACUUAUUUAUGACAUCAAUGAAAAAUCAUAUGACGUAAUAUCCUUACCAAUUCAGCCGGGUUAUCACGUGGCAAGAAAUGUUUUGAAAGAAACUUUUUCUUUGUACGUUUAUGGAAAACAGAAACCAAAUCUUGGAUACGGUUUUCCAGCAGGAUUUGAUUUGAGUAAUAAAUUAUGA